AUGUCUGAACCCAAUGAAGGUAACUGUGGCCCAGAAGGGCUACCUUUGGCUGUCAGACGGUACACCUAUCGAAAGGAAGACUUUUCCCAAAUCGUGAAUCUUGAACGCGAGCGCCUUUACCGUUCAAUCCAUCCUAUCAAAACUAUGUCCAAUGCAAUCAACAAGGAUGGAAAUCCAAGUGCUUCCGAGAAGUAUGAUGAUGUGUCUGAAUACAUCAUUUUCUCCAUUGAUACAGCUACGCACGAUCGCGACUUCCUCGACCCGAAUAUCGAACCAAAUCUUUCUAUCCGCACCACAUUCUACCAAGAUAUUAAUUCACUCGCCGUCAAAUUGGUCCUCCACGAGCAUGAAGAGCUGUCCGCUGCUUUUGAGCUAGCUAUUGGGAAAGCAUUAGAUUCUAUGGGGCUCAGAACAUCAUUCUACCACUACCGUAAUACCACUAUUUCUGUGGCCAAUGGCUCAAAGGAACCAGAUGCAGCGUGGGGCCCAAGAAGACAAGUACCUGGAAGGCCACGUAGACCAACUGUGGUACUUGAAGCGGCAAUCACUGAGACGCGCCCUAAAUUGCUUUUUGACGUUCGCCGGUGGCUCGACCCGAGCGAUGGUCUCGCGCAGGUCGUACUAGCUAUAAAGGCAACCCAACGGCGGCCUAAAAUUACUAUCGAAAGAUGGCAGUACGAUAGAGUCAACGCAGAUAUCGAAAAUGUCCAAACUAUCGAGAUCACUGGGAACAGUGAAGGUGGAGAGGUCACAAUAAACGGUGGCUCAUUCCUCAUUCCUUUCGAUCUGUUUUUCCUCCGACCUGCAGAGCCUCCUAGGGAGCACGACAUUAUCAUUGAUGACCAAACGCUCAAGGAGCUUGCCCAGCUAAUCUGGGAAAUACAGUUCUCCGAUUGA